UCAAUUUGUUCACAGAAUUUGACAUCCCAAAGCACCGCCACAAAAGGCACCAUCAUCAGCAGAAAAGACAGCAGAGAAAAGAAGAGGGGGGAAAUGAUGCUAAGAAGUUCUUCAACUCCCCUUCUUGGAUCACUCAUAUCUUCCAUAGCUGCUGAUAGUCCUAACAGCAACAGUCACUACUAUGAAACAGGCAGCCCUUUCAGACACCACCCAUCAAGCUCCUUUCAUGGCCGCACUCACCACAACAGGCUCUCAUUUCAUCCCUCUCCAGGCUCACUGCACCUCUCUACAGCAGUUUAUUGUGGCUCUUCCCCUAUAUCUCCUUCCGUUGUUGAUCAGUUUUCUGAUUUUGAACUCAAAGGCUUUCGCCGAGCUCAAUCCGAAGGGAACUUGGAAGGACUUGUCCAUUCAGCUUACGAUGGCAGUGGGGAAUUCUAUCAUCGGAACCAACCCAAGAAGCUUUCUGCAAGAAACAAUUGCUUUAUGUUGGAAACCAUCCCUUCCUUUUCGAUUUAUAAUUCAGGGGCGAGGUGCGAGGAAGAAGACGAGAGUGAUUUCGAAGAAGAAGAAGAAAAAGAAAAAGAGGAAUUUCAGUUAAAAGAAAAUGAAGAAAUGGUAAUUGCUGCUGUCAAGGGUAGUAGCCAUGGAUUCAACUCAAUCAGUUUGGACAAUCUGUUGUUGAAUGAGCAGGUUAAAGUUAUCGAUGAAAAAGGAUUGGUGGGUCAAGAAAUGUUUCUUCCUACAGGGAUACAGACAGCCACGGAUGGCGGUAACAGAAGCGGUAUCAGUGGUGGAUAUGGUAACAGAAGCGGUGGGUUUAACUCAGCAGGCUCUAACGGAGAUGGUGAAGUCGAGGAGUACUACAAGAGAAUGGUGGAGGAAAAUCCAGGGAACCCUUUGUUUUUGGAGAACUAUGCUCAGUUUCUGUACCAGUCAAAGAGAGACCUAGAAGGAGCAGAAGAGUAUUACGGUCGAGCCAUUUUAGCAGAUCCAAAAGACGGUGGAACUCUGUCACAAUAUGCCAAGUUAGUGUGGGAGCUACAUGGUGAUGAAGAAAGAGCUUCAAGCUACUUCGAACGAGCAGUUCAAGCCUCACCACAAGACAGCCAUGUUCAUGCAGCUUAUGCUACUUUCCUAUGGGAAACUGAGGAGGGCGGAAAUGAAUGUGCAGCGCCUGGCGAUCUUGAUGCCAUUCCCUCACGAAUUCAUCAGGGAACCUUGGCAAGAGCUUAAGCAACCUGCAAAUGUACAAUAAGGAAUAAUUG